AAGAAACGAGGGAAUCGUGAGCCACGGAACAGCGCAAAGAACCUACGCAUAUUUCUAAUUCCCAUCCACUUCCCCUUCUUUUACCGCACUCAAACCCGAGCCGGUAUAAUAAGAGAAAGAAGGGAGGAGACUGAAGCCAAUGGGGAGAAUGGGCCUCCUCGCAGUUGCCGCCAGGGCGCUCAACACUGCGGUGAGCAUAAUUGUGUUCAGCAUCCUCGACCUCCUCGACGUCCUCCUCUGCCUCGUCUACAAGCUCGUGGACUUCAUGGUUGAAAGGGAGUGGAAGCCGUGCUACUGCUCCUUCUCCUCUUCCGGCGACAUAGUGGCUAAAGGCGGCGGUGGCGGUCGCGGCGGCAGAAGCAAUGUCCCGCUCGACACCAUCUCCGACACCCUCCAUUUCCGUCCUUAUUUCGUAUCCGACUUAGCAUCCAUCAUUUUCAAAAAAUACGCCAUACACAACAUCCCGCCCCAAGCCAUUCUAGAAAUCCCCAGCCACAAGGCGAAACCUCGUCCAUCCCCGCGCUGGUCGGACUGCGACUGCCACACCUGCAACGCGUGGAGCACGAGCGGGGAUCCCCUGUCUCGAACUCUCUACGUGCGGGCCGAAGGGAAUCUAGUGCCGCCCGAGGAAGACGUGAUUUUUAUUCACGGAUUCAUCUCUUCUUCAAGGUUUUGGACGGAGACGGUUUUCGGGGAGUUUUCGGAGGCGGCGAGGUCGAGGUAUCGGCUUCUGGCUGUUGAUUUGCUGGGUUUCGGCCGGAGUCCUAAGCCCGAUGAGUCGCUUUACACGAUGAGAGAGCACGUGGAGAUGAUCGAACGGUCGGUUCUGCGUCAAUACGGCGUGCGGCGCUUCCACAUCGUCGCGCACUCGCUCGGGUCCGUCCUCGCGCUCGCGCUCGCCGCGCGACACCCGAACUCCGUCCUCUCGCUCACACUUCUUGCUCCGCCAUAUUUUCCUGGAUGUGAAGGGAAUGGAGAGCAAGCGGUGAUGAGGAAGGUGGCGCCGAGAAGGGUAUGGCCGCCGAUGGCGUUCGCGGCUUCGAUGGCGUGCUGGUACGAGCAUGUGAGUCGGACAAUUUGUCUUGUAAUUUGCAGGCAGCAUCGCCUUUGGAACUACAUUUUCAGGCUCCUUACCUUCAACAGGAUUAGAACGUUUUUGAUCGAAGGAUUCAUGUGCCACACCCACAACGCAGCGUGGCACACCCUCCACAACGUGAUUUGCGGCAACAUGGAGAAGAUGAACAGAGAUCUCGAUAUCUUAAGGGACCAACUUAAAUGCCACGUCAGCAUCUUCCACGGAGAAAACGAUGAACUCGUCCCCGUGGACUGCAGCUACGCUGUCCGAUCAAGAGUUCCGCGGGCACAUCUUAAGGUCCUCAAAGGAAAGGAUCACAUAACAAUGGUCGUCGGUCGGCAGAAGUCAUUUGCGGCAGAGCUGGAGCAGAUAUGGAAGAAUGCGAAAGGAGGGAAAUGAUGUUCUGUAGAAAUUAAUAGCGAAGAAAAAUAGUUUGGG